UCUGCAGGGCUGUUGUAGUGACACUCAGACGGAGGGCUUCUAUGCUAAGCAAGCGACUAACCGCAUUAAACCCGUAGAGAGAAGCGGCUUGUUUGUCUUAAGUUACAAACUCGGUUCGGCCAUCAAUAAGGAACUCGUUUCCCACUCGAGUGGACUUUAUACACCACUCUGCUUGCUUAGGUAAAAGAGUGCCGCAGCUUCUGACCGAGCACGCCGCCGCUCCUGCCCGUCUGCGCCGCUGCGAGAGAAGAAAACAAGCUCGGUGAGCAGUGCGCUAAAGCUGUGUGAUCAUUGACAGAGUUCAGUACACACAAGCUCCCAACCGUAACUUGUCGGCGCAUCGUGCAGCUUAGCUCAGAGGUUCUUCGGAAAGCCACGGUUGCGGAUAUUUUUUGCCUCCGAAGUCGAGGUGUUGUAUCAUAAAAUCUUAAGCUACUGUGAGACACUUGCCUAAUAAGACCAGUUCCCAUCAGCUUCCCUGCAGCCCCCUACCUACCCCAACAGUCUUCUGCCCCAGCAUGGAUGAAGUCACUGUUGUUAAAGAAGGAUGGCUCCACAAGAGAGGUGAAUAUAUCAAAACAUGGCGACCUCGCUACUUCAUCCUGAAAAGUGAUGGAUCCUUUAUUGGAUACAAAGACAAGCCGGAGGUGUCCAGUGACCUCAGCCUCCCACCGCUCAACAACUUCUCCGUCGCAGAGUGCCAGCUGAUGAAGACGGAGCGCCCAAAGCCCAACACAUUUGUAAUUCGAUGUCUGCAAUGGACCACCGUCAUAGAGCGGACUUUCCAUGUGGAGACCAACAGCGAGAGGGAGGAAUGGAUGCAGGUGAUCCAGACAGUAGCAAACAGCCUGAAGAGUCAGCAGCAAGAUGAGGAGCCCAUGGAGAUCAAAUUUGGCUCGCCCAGCGACAGCAGCGGCGCAGAGGAGAUGGAGAUUGCUAUGUGCAAAUCCCGUUCAAAAGUGACUAUGAGUGACUUUGACUACCUGAAGCUGCUGGGCAAAGGGACGUUUGGAAAAGUGAUUUUGGUUAAGGAGAAAGCUACAGGGAUGUACUACGCCAUGAAAAUCCUCCGCAAAGAAGUCAUCAUUGCUAAAGAUGAGGUGGCUCACACAGUUACAGAGAGCAGAGUUCUCCAAAACACACGGCAUCCUUUUCUAACGACACUAAAAUAUGCAUUUCAAACACAUGACCGGCUAUGCUUCGUGAUGGAGUAUGCAAAUGGAGGAGAACUCUUCUUUCACUUAUCCCGGGACAGAAUAUUCACAGAAGAUAGAGCAAGGUUCUAUGGUGCAGAAAUAGUAUCAGCACUGGAGUAUCUACACUCACGCAAUGUCGUUUACAGGGACUUAAAGCUGGAGAACCUGAUGUUGGACAAAGACGGCCACAUAAAGAUAACAGACUUUGGGCUGUGUAAGGAGGGAAUUACAGACGGUGCCACCAUGAAAACCUUCUGUGGAACUCCAGAGUACCUGGCGCCAGAGGUACUGGAGGACAACGACUAUGGCCGCGCCGUGGACUGGUGGGGACUGGGAGUGGUGAUGUAUGAGAUGAUGUGUGGUCGGUUGCCAUUCUACAACCAGGACCACGAGCGUCUGUUUGAACUCAUCCUCAUGGAGGAGAUCCGCUUCCCGAAGACCCUGGCGCCGGAGGGCAAGGCCCUGCUGGCAGGCCUGCUGAAAAAAGAUCCCAAACAAAGGCUUGGAGGUGGACCAGACGAUGCCAAAGAUGUAAUGACCCACAAGUUCUUUGCCUUGAUAAACUGGCAGGACGUGAUUGAAAAAAAACUUAUCCCACCCUUCAAGCCCCAAGUAACAUCAGAGACAGACACCCGUUACUUCGAUGAUGAGUUCACAGCACAAUCUAUUACAAUAACUCCUCCAGACAAGUAUGACAGCUUAGAUGUUGAGGAUUCAGAUCAGCGUACACACUUCCCUCAGUUCUCAUACUCUGCCAGCAUACGGGAAUGAUCACUAAGACUCACGAACAAGCAGGCAGGCUGGCACACAAUCCCAAUCCCAAAUGCACCCUUGCACUGGUGAGGAAUAAAAAAAUGACACAAAACAAAAAAAAAAAAAAGAAGUGGCACAAGGCACAUUUUUCAUUCUGUCUUUGACACAAUUAAAGGUAAAUCAUAGAGAAAAAAAUAUUAGUUUGUAAAGUAUGAAUUCAACACACGGCCCAUGCCUGACCGAGCUCAGCAGGUUUGUUUGAAUAGACUGGCAGCUUUGUCUCUGCACGUCCUGCUGGACCUCUGCAGCACCACAUCAAAGCCUUUACACUUCAAACCAGGUUAUGCCAGCAAAGUCCCUCAUUUUUACCAGCUGUACCCAAGGUUCUCACACACACACACAACAAAUGACCCAUGCUUAAACUACAUAUUUACAUCAACAAACUUGGUAGAAUUUGAAAAAGUGUCAUUUGAAUUUGGAAAGUGAAAAAUAUUUGAGGGAGGGGAAAACAAUUUAUUUUUAUUAUUUUUUUUAUCAGUUACGGUUUUAAAUGUAAAGCCAUAUUACAAAUUUUCUUUUUUUUCUUGAUAAAAAAAAAAAAAAACAAGUGCCCUUUCUGGAACUUGCUGUUACAAAUCAAGUGUAGGGGUUUCCUACGGCGGGGGUUGGGGGGGGACAAAGACACGGGGGACGAUGAGGAGAGUUGCCAUUACGGUGUUUGCACUGCACAGGGUGUAUAUGCGGAUGGGCGAGAGGAUAUGAAUGUAUGCGUGUGCAGAGAGCGCGCAAGAGGAACGAGUGAACAACAGUUUGAAUCGUCAGCCAUCCAUUUGUGUCGUUUUUAUGCAUGUUUUUAAACUAAACGUUUUGCUGGAACAUGGGCGAGAGAGGACACUACGCAACACACUCAGUGGGCUGUUUUUCAUUUUGAAGCCGUGUAGUUUAAGAUUGCUGUUCUGAUUGCUGGCUGUUCAAUUGUCUCAGUCAAGAUAAACAAACAGACCUUAUUGCAUGGCUUACCUUUGCUGUCAAAAACUGCAUUCGUUGUGAUGCAGCGCUCAUUCACAUGGAGUCCAGGUUUGAAAACUCAGAUUCCAGAUUCUGGUUUUGUAGAAAGUAGAUCCAGGCUAGUUUCUCCAUGUGUACAUAUUGAUAAAGACUGAAUAAAACUCUGGCCCCAGUUUUCCUGGACCUGUCCAGAAAAUGUCCUGUUUUAAUAAAGAAUAAAAGACAUUUAUUAUGUCUUUUGUUGUGUAAAACGUCCUCCCUUGCUGAGAUGGAUAUUCAGCAAUAUAUUUUUUUUGAUAUCAGUGCAACGUCUUGAAGUAUUUUUAAACCUCACUUUUAAUUGCUCUUUUCAUUAAAAAAAAAAAAAAAAUUAAAAAAAUCAAAAUCAUUCAAAGUGACUUCGGACAUUUAUCUCUUGAUUUGAUUUGACAUUUCACAUUUAGAACCUGAUUUGUUUCCUUAAGUGUCCAAACACUUAAAAUGUAUGUAGUUGUAUGUUUGAAGCAACGCUGUGACCUGUUGGGCCUGCCUUUAAUUCAUCUGUAAAAAGGAGGAACUCCCCAAACAUCAGCUGUAUUAGUUUCAAAAGAAAACCUGCAUACUUUUAGACGUGAAGGCACAUGAUUGAGAGUAGCUGACUCAAACUUAUGUCGUGAUGCUGGAAGAGAUCUCGCUUUAUUCUUUUAAGUCGUGACAAAAGAACAUCAAAACAUCUUUUUUUUUUCUGUUUCCUGUUUUUGUUUGUUGAGUUUUUCUCCCUUUUUGUCCAUCUAUUUCUCAAAUUUUGCAAGACAGAUUGUCUGGUUUUAAGUACAUUAUAUAAAAUAUGAAUAUAUUAAAGUUUUUUUGAACUGC